UUGGAGGAUUUGCUCUGUGCUCCGGGCGUUCUCUCACUCGAAAAUUUUAAUGGAAAUAAGCUGUGUGUGCUCGCUGCAUUACUUUCUGUCAGCUAGUUUUCUGUCACUCAUCGACGGAUUUCAAUAACUUUUGGGAAACUUUUCGCCCGCUUGGACGACUUCUCCCCUCGGUGUGGUGUUUGGUGUAUACCCCGGCACAGAUCCGUGCAGCACAGAGUGGAGCAGGGAACACCCCGCUAGGAAGUUUUCAGACGAAUGACCUGUUGUGGGACUGCUCAACUCUAGGCGGCUUUUCUUUUCUGUUGUGUUUUUUUUAGCAUCUGAAUUCGACACAAGAGUCGUAGCUGGAGUUUCGUAAACAUGUCGGGGCGCAAUUUACGCACUAAACUUCGGAUCGUGCCAAGCAAUGGUGGAGCGUUUCACCGGUGCGUCAAGGGCAACUUUCUGUAGGAGCUAUUACCUUGGCACCGACCUUUUGUUUAUUUCUGGUGACCAGCCCCACUCCCUGUGGGCUUUGAUUAAAGCUUUGCACCAGAAUUGUCUGACUGAACAUAAAAUACUUGAACAUUAUGGAAGAUGAUCAAGGAACCGGUGAGCCUUCCAGUGAGCCCCAGGGAGACAGCGCUGCUGCGUCCGACAGUUUUUCCCAACUGUGGACUGACGUUAUGGGGAUGCUGGAUGGUUCUCUGGGCAACAUAGAUGACCUUGCCCAGGAGUACUCGGAGUACUACAACACCUGCUUCAGUGACGUCAGCGACCGCAUGGAAGAGCUGCGCAAAAGACGAGUCUCCCAAGAGCUUGACAUGGAGAAACAGGACACCAGCAGCACAUCGCUGCAGCUCCGCACUGAGAUCCAGGAAUCAUUAGGCUUCAGCAGUGAGGUGUCCACUCCAGAAACAGACAGAAAGUACGUUGUUUUUCCACUUUAUCCCUGUAACUUGUGACCGGAGCCAAUGUGCAACCAUGAAAUAUGCUUGGAUUGAAAUGUGAGUCUGUUGCAUGUCUAAACAAUCUGCAGCGCAGCCUGCGUCUGGAUUGCAUCAAACCGUACAUGCUGGCGCAGAAAAUCAUGGAUCACACUUAGCCUUUCUGCAAAUUCACAGCUAAAGAUGGAGAGAGACAAAUGGAAGUACACACACAUCUAUAUGCAGUUCAUGUGAUUAAUAGAUCUCUUAUGUGACAACUUGUACAAAAGGUCUCUGACCCUGCCCAUGGGGAGUAGAGGUCAGCUCCUUGGAAAACUUGGAUGGAUGAGUGUGAUGGUGUGUGUGAGUGAGCAGUUGACACAGGUUUCAGAUUAUGUUCCAGUAUACUGUUGCAGUAAAUUAAGAGAAAUACUAUAUAUCCCAACAUAAGGAAUUUUGACAAAAAAGACAGUCAGAUGACAGUUUUAUUUCAUCAUGUCAACAAGAUGUCAGAUGUUAGUGUGAUUUUUGUACUUUGUGUAACUGAAUACAAAUAAGCAUUACGACAUGAUCCACAAGCUUUUUGAAGAACUUUUUUGACUUUUCUCAGAAAUCGGCUUAUUCACUUUCUCGUCAAGAGUUAGUUUAGAUGAUUGAUCUUUUAUCCAUCCUGUAAAGAUGAAGUUACAGUUGAGCUGGCAGCAGGUUAGCACAGCUUAGAACAAAGACUGGAAACAGUGGAAAAUGUCUAGCCUUCUUAUGUCCAAACAUAAAAAAAUCAUUCUACCCGUGCCUGUAGUUCACUAAUUAACAUGUUGUCACUUGUUUUUUUUUUAAUCUGUACAAAUACGCAGUGUAACAAUGAGAUGCUGUGGUUUACCAGUUUUACAGUGGACUAUUUCUUGACUUCCUGGAGUCGUAAUGUGAGGUUGCCAAUCAACCAGAGACUUCAGGGAGUCACUUUGCCCAAGAAAUACUUGUGCUAACUGGUUGCUGGCGAUAGCUUCAAAUUUACCUUACAGACACGACAGUGGUAUUGAUCUUCUCAUCUAACUCUUAGCAAGAAAGCAAAGAAGUUUAUUUCAGACAUUUGCUAAGAAA